AUGAAAACAGUUUUCUGGUUCAGUAUCUUACUUCUCUUCUACUUGGCUAGUUCUUUCAAAUGCGAACAUGAAGGAAAAGAUGAAGAGAAGUAUUACAUUGAUGAAUAUAAACAAAUAUCUACAUACAAGAGUUCUGGUUCGAAGACACCUCAGAUGAAAACAUUCAAAUCUCAUACUUGGAGCUCAAAUUUAGACGGAAACAAAACUGCAACGGAAUCAGCAUAG